AUGCAAAGCCUCAAUGCCCACCUGGCUUUCUACUUGGAUAAAGUGCAGGCAUUGGAGGAGGCCAGAGCUGACCUGGAGAAUAAGAUCUGGGAAAGGUAUGCCAAGCAGGGGCCCAAAUCCUCCCCAAAAGAUUACUCCUCCUAUUACGACGCUAUUGAGGGUCUCAAGAACCAGUUCCGUGCGCCCAGUAUCCACGGGGGCUCGGGCGGACGUGGCGUGUCGGUGUCCUCCGCCCGCUUCGUGUCCUCGUCCUCCUCCGGGGGCUACGGUGGAGGCUAUGGGGGCGCCCAGGCCGGGUCCGACGGGCUGCUGGUGGGCAACGAGAAGGUGACCAUGCAGAACCUCAACGACCGCCUGGCCUCCUACCUGGAGAAGGUGCGCGCCCUGGAGGCGGCCAACGGCGACCUGGAGGUGAAGAUCCGUGACUGGUACCAGAAGCAGGGGCCCGGGCCCGCGCGAGACUACAGCCGCUACUUCAAGACCAUCCAGGAGCUGCGGGACAAGAUACUUGGUGCCACCAUUGAGAACUCCAAGAUUGUCCUGCAGAUUGACAAUGCCCGUCUGGCUGCGGAUGACUUCCGAACCAAGUUUGAGACGGAGCAGGCCCUGCGCAUGAGCGUGGAGGCCGACAUCAACGGCCUGCGCAGGGUACUAGAUGAGCUGACCCUGGCCAGAGCCGACCUGGAGAUGCAGAUUGAAGGCCUGAAGGAAGAGCUAGCUUACCUGAAGAAGAACCAUGAGGAGGAAAUCAGUGCUCUAAGGGCCCAGGUGGGUGGCCAGGUCAGUGUGGAGGUGGAUUCCGCUCCGGGCAUUGACCUAGCCAAGAUCCUG